GCAGGAAGUACCCAUGCAUGGGUCUUUUUUUUUGGCAGAUGAGCUUUUCUCACUUGUAGCUCAGUGCUUACAUACUACCUUAGCCUGUGCUGCUCUGUGCAUCCAUUUAACUUUAGGACUCAGGUUUGCAGCAGAUUUACACCCAGAUUUGUACAUAAUUUUCUAGAAGCUUUGAAAGAUUAAAACCACAGCGUGGGUGAAUGAAGAGCAUGGAACAGUUUUUUAUCAUUGUGCUAUUAGCAGGAGGAACUCAAGCUCUCUUUCCAGUUGAUGCGACCACAUGUGACCUCAGGACGAACACAUGUCCAUGCUCUCCUCUGCUUGAAGGAACUGUGUAUAUCCAAGUAAUGACUGAUGCUAGUGGCCGUGAUCUGAAGUGUUUGAAGGUGCUUCCCACGGGGAACAGAACUGUGUUCAGUCUGAAGAAAGAAAAAAUAACGACAGACAAGGAAUUUAACAACAGACUACAGUUUAUAAUCAAGAAUGGGACACUCAAGAUCACAAACCUGAAGAAGAUUGAUUCAGGUCAAUACAGCAUUGAGGUCUUUAAUUCAAAUGGAGUCCAAGAGAAAAACAUUUAUUUCACCCUGGAUGUUAAAGACAACAGCAAAGUUGAAAGCAAGUUAUCACACAGUUUUCCUUACCUGAGGAUAGUCUUUGCUGCACUGGGAUCUCCCCUGAUAGCAGUGUCAUGCUGUGUUGUGUAUCGGGAACUGAAGCAUCUUAAGAAGACUUUUAACAAGGCGCCCCAUGAUCAAAAGAGCCUCAGGUGUGAAACAGAGAAUAUAAACCUUAAGUGUGAGUCUGAGCUUUAGUGAGCUGACCUCCCUCAUAAUCAGCACUGAACACUGAACUGAGGAUCAAUGAAAUUUAAAAAAAAAAAGGAAAUUCAAAAACAACAAUCAGGAGUAUGUCUGUGUAGGUUCUCAGUCAUCCAGGUCAUGGUAGUCUAAGGAGCUUGGAUAGAAAGCAACUGGACUUCGCUGAGUUUCUUGAAGACACUUCACCUCUCAUCUGACAAACCUUUACAGUUCUCAAACUAAAUGGUGGAGAGUCUCACUUAAGAAGGUCUUUGACCCAGGUUGACCCACUAAUAAUCAUGUACGUCAUCACAUGACCCAAGGUGUGAGUCAUUAUCAUUAUCAUUAUCCUUUUUAUCCUUUUAUUUUAUCCUUUUGUUCGGUGGCAUGGUUCGGUCAGACCUCUGUCACAGAGAAAAAGUCACUGAAUCAGAUAGUGAGAUGGUCCAGUCGUGUGAUAGGUGAGCCACAGUCUUGUUUAGCCUCCCUGUACAGGUACAGAAGAUGGCUUUAUCAAUCCUUAAAAAUGGUUCCCAUCCUCUACGGGGUGAAUUUCAGGCUCCUCAGGACGGAGGUUCCUAUCUCCAAGAUGCAGGACAAAGCGUUAUAAAAACAGCUUUUUCCCUGUUGUUGUUACUGAAUUAAAUAAAAACUGUUUUUGUUUUUGAUUCAAAACGUUAAAUUACUAUAUAUGUGCUACAGUGAGGUUUAUAUUUAUUAGGUAUGUG